AAUAAUACAGGAAAUAAUUAUACAUUGCAAAUAAUGUUAUUUGCAAAUGGAAACUCGGAACAAUUAAACUCCAUAAUGCAAAGUGUAGCAAGUGACUUGAUUAAUUGAUAAAUUUUUUAUUAAACUGCAUGAAUUUUUGCACAAUAAUUAAUUAAUAUUAAAAAGAAAAACGACUAAGGCGACACACAGGAAUGGACUUGGCAGAGACUAUGAAAAAUAUUGUUGGUAAAAAUAUGCAAACAGAUAUGGGUCCACCAGGAGGAGGUUCUGGCUAUGCCAGUUCAGCAAGUGGUGCUGGUUAUGUCACUGAAAAAAUGUACAUGUUAUUACAGCUUUAUUUACAAAAUAAAGGAUGGAAUCCUAGUAUUGAAUUAUUACAAUGUUUUUCUGAAUUAAAAGAAGCAUCAAUGUUACCAAGUGCUGCCUAUCUUCAAAUGAUGGCAUCUAGAGUUGCUCUUGACAGUCAAGGAAGAUUGAUAUUACGUGAAAAUGGAAAAAUAAUAUUACCAUAUGAACAUUUUGCAAAUGCUGUUAUGUUAAAACACAUGCAUGGUCCACCAGGUUUACAUUUAAGUCUUGAAGGUACAAUACGUGCUGUUAUGGAAUCAUAUACAAUUGGACGUGAAUUUUUUGGUAUGGAAAAAGAAUUUAUCAUUGAAGUUGUACAAAAUUGUCCAAAUCCUGCAUGUCGUUAUUACAAAAAUCAACUUGAAUUAACACAAAAAAUGGGACAUAUGGCACCAACAUAUAUACAAGACAAUGAUGCAACAUCAUCAAUGCUACGUUUUUCUCAUAAUACUGAUUAUCAAAGUAAUAUUAAUCAUUCAAAUCAAAAUUCACAUAUGGCAAGUAUUAUUGGUAGUGGUGGAUCAUCAUCAUCAGAUAUGGCAGAUUUACGUGGUAAUCAAAUGAAUAUACAACGUCCACCAAGUCGUCCAGCAUUAAAUAUACCACAUAGACAAUCAUCACAAGAUAAAAAAAAUAUUGUUAAACAGCAACAGCAACAACAACAGCAACAACAACAGCAGCAGCAACAACAGCAACAGCAGCAGCAACAACUUUAUGAAACAAUACAUAAUAAUAAUCAAAUGUCUGAUCAUAAAUUGACUGAUUUUUUACGUACAAAUUUGGAUAAUUUAGAAGGUUUAAGUGGUAUUGGUUUGGGUAAUCUUCAAGGUUUAUCAAAUGCAAAUAAAGAUCUUCUUGCAUUGCAUAAUGGUGCUUGGACAAUUGAUGAAAAAGGAAUUCGUCAAAGUACAUCAAGCGUUGACAAUGGUGGUGGAAAAAUAGUUCGUGCAUUUGCUGAAGUCAUGAAAAAUAUGGCAAGAAUGAAGGCCUGUGUUCGACCAGCCAUGUGUAAGCCUUAUGGAAAACAAUCCGAGGCAUUGCAAAAAACUCUAGUUGACACAAUUCAACUCGUGCAAUCCUUGAGAAGUUUUUUACCACCUCCGCAUAUUCCAGUUUCGAGCUGGAAAAAUGAAGAUAAACAACACAGAUUAGAUCAUACGACUAUAAAUUAUCUUCCUACACUAAAAACAAGUGUAAUGGAAGAUUUGUGUGAAUCUCGAAAAAUUGACUGAAUAUUAUAUCUAAUUAUUUAUUCGUAUUUUUUCUUCUAGUCACUCGAGUCAUUUAAUGGAACAUUGGCAAGGUCCAAAUUAAUAACUAAAAAAAUUUUUUUUUUCAUUUUAAAUGGACCAGAUUGUUUGCUCAAAAGUGUUGGCGUUUAGAACUUUUGGUGUUGAAUAAUUUAAAUACAAAAAUUUUUACAAAAUUACAAAUUGAGUCAUGCGUGGUCUGUGAUAAACGUGAAUAGUGGAAAUUUAAAAAAAUAAUAAUAAAUUCGUGAUUUUAUUAUUAAUAAUAUUUAAUACUAAUUUUUUUUUUUUGAUAUUUAAAAUUUUCCUGCCAGUGGUGCUCGUGAUGUACACUCGUGGGAUUUACAAAUUUGUUUUUUGUUUUUUUGAUACAGUAUUUUUAGUGUAUAUUUUUUGAGAAGAAAAAAAAUUGAAUAAUCGAAUCUCGGACUUGACUGUGAUAUAAAUUAAAUAUUAAAAAUUAAUGAUCACUGUCAUAAUGUAAAUUAUUUUGUUGAUAAUUAUUUAGCAGCUGGCUUGACCCACGAUUAAUAUUAUUUUGACAAUUAUUUAUUUUAGUACAUAAGUCUAGAUAUAUUUUUUUGUUAAAAAAUUAUAAUAAAAUACAUGAAAUUGAUGUUUCUAUUUAUAUAUUUCGAUAGAAAAAAAAAUUAAAAUUAUUAUAUAUUUCAAGCUCCACCGGCAGGUUAUUGAUUUAAUUUUAUAUAAUAGAUUAAAUUAUUUUUUUGUUAACAAUUUGUUAUGUUUAAAAUUUACGUUAUUUACUUGACAAAACACGAAGAUAAAAAAAAAAUUUUAUAUUUCAAUAAAUAUAUUUAGGCAAUUAAUAAUAAUCAUUUUUUUAAAAAAAGAGAAAAAAUAAAAUACAAAUUAAUUUUAAGUGUGCGUAAGUUUGUUACAAGAAAAAAAAAAAAACAUUAUGUAUAUAUUAUGUGAGGAUUAAGUUAUUAAGUUUUUAUGCCAAAAAAAAAGGAAAAAAAAAUUCCUGGCUUUUUAUUAUAAUUGCUUUUGUUUUUUUUCUAAUUUAUAAAAAAUAAAAAAAAUUAUUUAAUUAUUAUUUGAGCAACAUUUAUGAAUCUAAGUGUUGAUUGAAAAAAAAAAAAAACUAACAAUCGAUUGUAUCUUAUAAUUACUUGUAAACAUUAACUCUUGAUGAAUUCAUCUCGUAAUAUUUAUGUAUCGAAUAAAUUGGAAUACCAUAAUGUUUUGCUAUCAAAGAGUAAAUUAAAUUUU